UGCACACACACCUCCCCCCCAAACACAACCGCCAGCCAGCCACGCAGAAAGCAGAAAGCAAGUGCCAGAGCGUGUGUGUGCUGCGUGCUGCGUGCUGCGUGCGAGAACAGAGGGCUGACCAAGACCAACAACGGCUGCUUGUUCGAUCAACGUGUCAAGUGGCAGUUUCCACACAUCCUCCUCACCCGCACUGGUCCCCUUUGCAUCCACCCUUACCUCCAUCUGGUGUUGUUCAUCAAGCGCAACCACCACCACCACCACCAAUAGCCACCACAACACCCUUCUCCAUUCACAUCAACCCACCAACCAACUUGUUUGCUUGCUUGCCAACAACUACAACACCACGCACUCAUCUGCUGUUGGGAGACCACAAGACAACUCUUUUUGCAUCCCACCGCACCCACACCCACACCCACAAGAUGAUGCUGUCAAACAGACAAGCGGCGUUGGCAGCGCUGCUCAUGGUGCUCUGCACCUGCAUGCCUGCAAGCUUUGCCCAGACCGUUGGUGUGCAGAUUGAGACGGCCACCGUGCUGUCCACCUUCCCCGGCUGCCGCAAGCAGGUCGCCAGCAACUCUGGUUACAUUGCCAUCAACAGCUUUGAUGAUGGUCUCACCGUCUCAGACUGCGAUGCCGCAGGUGGCUGCGACUGCAUCAAGUUUGAGUCGUGCAGCAGCGCGGGCUCGUGCCAGCGCCUCUACACCUGUACCUCCUCCGACAACAGCUGCUUCUCCUACAGCGACGAGUGCGCGUACGAGACAGAGCUCAACGCCAUUGCCAUUGUCGACGUCGACUGCAGCCGUGACCAGGACCUCACCACCUUUGACGCAGCCGAGCUCCUCAACUUUGGCACAAAGUUCCGCCAGAACGUCCUCGCCGACUGCGGCUUCAGCACCGUGUGCGGCGUCGCCGGCAGCGUCUCGGGCGACAUCACCGUCGUCGAUGCAGACACCUUUGAGGUGGCCGUUACCGAAGACGCCCUGAGCGACCUCAGCACAUGCAUUGGCGCAAACCAGCUCCGCUUCCACCGCUGUGACGCCAUUGCCGUGACCCAGCCAACCUCCACGUCCACGUCGACCUCCACAUCGACCUCAACUUCCACCUCUACGUCCACAUCGACGUCCACAUCUACUUCCACCUCUACGUCUACGUCUACCUCCACCUCCACGUCCACAUCCAGCUCCACGUCCACCUCUACCUCGACUUCCACGUCGACGUCCACUUCCACUUCCACCUCCACCUCCACCUCCACUUCCGAGGACCUGUAUGGCUACGUCGAUGUCGAGCUCACCGCCACCUUCCGCGACACGCCAGUUGUCAACGAGAUUGUGCUUGCAGGCAACGACUCUGUCAUGCUCGCCUUCACCACGGGCGACGACACCAACGUGCUCCUCUGCCGCGACACGCAGUGCUUCGACGCCAACGUCAUGCGCAGCGUUGUCUCUGGUGCCCACAUGGUCGACAUUGACGCCGACGAGGACGGCAACGGCGUGCUCGUCGCCGCUGUUGGCGGCUCUGUUGUCUACGGCUACCGCCCGCCUUACGACGAGGGCUUCUUCGGCCUCUCCGUCUACAACGUCAUUGAGCAGGCCGACAACGUGACCGCCGUUGGUGUUGGCUUCCGCGCCAACGGGCUCCCCGUCAUCGCCGCCAGCGUGAGCGGCGGCAUUGUGGUCCUCUCCUGCGACGACGUUGUGUGCUGGCGCCACCGCGAGGCGUGGAUCGAGCACGACUGGACCAACGCCGCCAUCUCCAUCGCCGUGGACCCGCUCACCAGCCAGGUUGUCCUCAUGUACGCUAACGGCACCCAGCACGACCUCGUUCGCGCCGUUGUUGACGGGCGCUCCGCCUCUUCCGCGGUUGUCUUCGACACCCCCGUCACCAGCGUGGGCCACGCGUUUGACGCCCGCAACGGCAUGAUCUUCGGCGCCUUCCGCGACGACAGCGACCUCGUUGACCAGCAGAAGGUGUUUGCAUGCAACAACGUUUCCUGCGACGUGACGGGCUCUGAGAUCUACUUCUCGCAGAUCCAGACCCCCGGCUCCGGCCCCCGCUUCGACUACUCCUCCUACUCCCACCUCGGUAUGGCCUUCACCCAGGGCGACGACGACGGCGUCUACUUUGUCGCCUGCUCUGCGCUCGGCGUGUGCAACGCCCCCGUGCUCAUUGAUGGCCCCACGUCCAGCCUCGACUUCAAGUACAACAGCGGUGGCCUGCCCGUCUUCGCAUACACCAGCGCCGACGCCGUCGUCAGAAUCACCCAGUGCACAUUCACACGCUGCAACCUCACUCCUCCCUAAACUUGGGGGGAGUCGACUUUUCCCUCUCGCUCAUACCUGAACCACAUACACCUCUUCCUCUUCUUUCCUCCCACACCAGCAACUCCAGCAACUCCCCCCCCCACAAACAAUCUUCAGCACCACAGCCCUCCCUCCCCCCUUGUAUCCAUCCAUCUAUCUCCCUAUCCCCCAUCCCUUCGACACCAUCCCUAGAAUGGGGAGGACAAGAGGGGUGGUGCCGCCAGGCAGCAUGAGCGCACCUCCCCGGUUCUCUCGUUCUUCCUCGUCCCAGCAGUGAAUAACAGCAUGCACCAUGCAACUGUGUGUGUAUGUAUCCCUGAUGUGAACUGGUUGUUCAGUCCAAACACGUUCCUUCAACAACUUGCCAGCGAGUGUGAGUGCCUUUGUGACGUGUGUUUGCUUGUGUCCAUGGUGUUCGCCUGUGCGUUGUUGUUGUUGUUGUGUGUGUGUAUGUGUCUCGUGCUGUAUGUAUGUGCGUUGGUUUCUUUUGCGUGCGUUGUGGUGGAUUUUGGAAUUGGAAUGGUCGAUGCAUACAUACGCCUUGCUUAUCCCUCGUCUCAAUGUGUUUAAAACAAACAAUCAUGCCCACUUUCCCUGUGCCGUCUCCAUGUGUGCGAUGUACAUCCCAUCACGUCUCGUGUGUGCCUGUCUGUUCCCAUUGGUCGACUUUCCGUGUCAUCUUGUGUGGUGUGUGGUGUGCUGUUUGUUAGACAGAAAUGAACGAAACCCCUGCAA